CGCCGGGACGGCGGGCAUCUCGGGGCACCGGGCAGAGGCGCGGCGCGCGUGAAGGGGCGCGAGCGGUCGCGGGCGGCAGCGCCAUGAACGCGGCAGUGGUGCGGCGGACGCAGGAGGCUCUGGGCAAGGUGAUCCGGAGGCCGCCGCUCACAGAGAAGCUGCUCAACAAGCCACCGUUCCGCUACCUGCACGACAUCAUCACCGAGGUGAUCAGGAUAACUGGCUUCAUGAAGGGCCUCUAUACAGAUGCUGAGAUGAAGUCAGAAAACGUCAAGGAUAAAGAUGCAAAAAUUAGCUUCUUACAGAAGGCCAUAGAUGUGGUCAUGAUGGUGUCAGGAGAACCCUUGGCAGCCAAACCAGCUAGAAUUGUAGCCGGCCACGAACCUGAGAGAACCAAUGAGCUGCUUCAGUUGAUUGGCAAGUGCUGCCUCAACAAGCUCUCCAGUGAUGAGGCAGUGAAGAGAGUCUUAGCUGGGGAGAAGGGGGACUCGAGAGGGCGGGCCCAGAGGACGUCGAAAGCACAAGAGCCCGACAACAAGAGUGUGAAGGAGGACGAGUCCAGAGCACACAAAGAGGAUAAACGAAGCUCUGAGGUCAAGGAGAGAAGCGAAAGUGCAGAGCACAAACAGAAGGAGGACCUGAAGGAAGACAGCAAGCCUCGGGAGAAGGAGAGGGACAAGGAGAAGACAAAGGAGGCUGACAGAGACCGACACAGAGACCCCGACAGGGACAGAAACAGAGAUGGAGAGCGAGAGAAAGCCAGAGCCCGGGCCAAGCAGGACAGGGACAGAAACAACAAAGACCGGGACAGAGAGGGAGACAGGGACAGAGAAAGGGACAAGAGGAGCGAGGGUGGGAAAGAAAGAGAGAGGGUGAAGGACCGAGACCGGGACCGUGACAAGGGAAAAGACCGGGAACGGCGGAAAUCAAAGAAUGGAGAACAUACCCGGGAUCCUGACAGGGAGAAAAGCAGAGAUGCAGACAAGCCAGAGAGAAAGUCAUCAAGCUCAGGGGAGAUUUCUAAAAAGUUUUCAGAUGGAUCUUUCAAAGAUGUCAAAGCAGAGAUGGAGGCUGACAUUUCUGUGGGAGCAUCCAGGUCCUCGAUGUUAAAAGCAUCAAAACGGCGAUCCAAGAAUUCACUGGAAGAUGAUAACUCAGCUAGUCUGUGGCGGGAGAGCGCUGAGCCAGAGCCAGCAGUAAAGCAGAAAGGUGACUCCCCUAGUGAUGCAGAAGGAGAAGCUGGGCCUACUGGCCAAGAUAAGCCGGAGGUGACGGAGAAUGCAGAAGUCCCCAGUGAGCUUCCCUCCAGCCUCAGAAGAAUACCUCGGCCUGGGAGUGCACGGCCAGCACCUCCCAGGGUCAAACGACAAGAGAGCACAGAGACACUGGCGGGAGAUAGGUCGGGAAGUGGCAAAACUGUCUCCACUGUGAUCAUCGACUCCCAGAACUCUGACAAUGAGGAUGACGAGCAGUUUGUGGUGGAAGCUGCCCCUCAGCUGUCAGAAAUCGCAGAAAUUGAAAUGGUGCCGUCAGGAGCCCUGGAAGAUGAGGAGAAGCAUGGUGGGCUUGUGAAAAAGAUCUUGGAGACGAAGAAGGAUUAUGAGAAAUUGCAGCAGUCUCCCAAGGCUGGUGAGAAGGAGAGGUCACUGAUCUUUGAGUCAGCAUGGAAGAAGGAGAAGGACAUUGUUUCCAAGGAGAUCGAGAAGCUCCGCGUGUCCAUCCAGACCCUGUGUAAGAGUGCACUUCCCCUGGGAAAGAUCAUGGACUACAUCCAGGAGGACGUGGAUGCCAUGCAGAAUGAGCUGCAGCUGUGGCACAGUGAGAACAGGCAGCAUGCUGAAGCCCUGAGCAAGGAGCAGAGCAUCACAGACAGUGCGGUGGAGCCCCUGAAGGCUGAGCUGUCUGAGCUAGAGCAACAGAUCAGAGACCAGCAGGACAAGAUCUGUGCAGUGAAGGCCAACAUCCUGAAGAAUGAGGAGAAGAUCCAGAAAAUGGUGCAUAGUAUCAACCUGUCAUCACGAAGGUGAAUGGCUGGGCCUGCAGAGAUGGAGCCAUCUUCCUUAUGAUGGACAAGGGGCAGAAACCGCCCCUCUAAGCCCCAGUCUGCUGAGAAAAUGUGCCUGCUGUGCCCUGACCUAGCUGAGGGCAGAGCUUUCGGUUUAGGCACUAAACUUAUUAAAAGGCUGUGUUUUCUUCCUUC